CUUAGCCCUUUACGUACGCCAUGGAAGCACCUAUACCUAUAGACGCUUUGCCUGAAAGCUUGAAUCUUGAAUGUCUUGCACCUACACCUAUAGACGCUUUACCUGAAAGCUUGAUUCUUGAAUGUCUUGCUCGUCUGCACCUCAAGGAUAUACCUGUCGCAUCGAGAGUCUGUCAUAAAUGGCUUCAUCUUAUUGGAUCUCGUCAUUUUUACACCCUCAGGAAACAACUGGGAUUUACGAAUCAGGUGGCUUGUUUGCUCCAGCAGUCUCCUUCGCCAACAUUCUUUAAUCUCAAAUAUGCAAUCAACGUCUUUGACCCGAUGAAUCGGGAGUGGAACCGACUUCCUCCUAUCCCUAACUUCACGAAGGAGCUUCCUGGGUCGACUUCGAUUGCUAGCUCAGAAGGGAAACUCGUCGUGUUAAGCGAGUGCGAUCCGGAGAGUCGUGACCCGGUGAAGUCCUUGUUCGUGUUGGAUUUUGCAACUCAGCGGUGGAAGAAAGGCAAGGGCAUGCCUUCAAUUAGGAGUUCAAAGUUUUCCACCGUGGCUUCCCGAUCCGAUCGAGUAUUCAUCAACGGUGACCUCGGCCGUGAAGAGGGUGCGGUUUGGGAGUAUGAUGCGGUUUGGGAGUAUGAUGCGUGGAAGGACGAGUGGACUGAGUUGCAUCGGGUGAGAGGCGGGCAGAUCAUAGGGAUGAAGGUAAUUGGAGAGGAACUAUGGGUUAUAAUCGGAUGCAGAGGUAUAAAAAACAUGGGAAUGAUUGAAGGAAUUGGUGCAGAAGUGUACCAUCUUCAAACUGAGAAUUGGAGACGAGUUAAAUUGGAGUCGGGAGGAGUUAAUGAGUUAUUGUGUCCCUGCACUGACUUUGAAUUGUAUGAGUUGAUGAAGAAAUUGUCUGAGAAUAACUUCAAGGUCUUGGAAAAUUGUUUCCGACUCCAACUGGGUAAGCAAAGUUUACUAAUGGCUCCCUUCGUCACCGCUGCCACCCUCAAUGAGGGUUAUGGUCAGGAGGAAUUAUUUUAUAUGCAGUUCGAAGAUGGUAGUUUUGAAAGAAUGCAGCCAUCUAGUUCUGAUUUUUCUGGAUAUGUGGGAUCAUGCUGUUGUGUGGAACUCUAAAGUUGUGAAAACUGGAUACCAAGUAAGA